ACAUUUCUUAAAAGUUUUGAUUCUAGUAAAUGGCACCAAAAUAAACACUCCGCUAACCAUGCCGUAUUUUUGUUGAUGUGGUUGAAAAAGCAUCGACAAUUACAAAAUUUAGUUACGCUUUUGAUUUUGAGAGUUUAAAGUCAAAAUGAGUAAACUUAAAUCCAAGAAAUAUAAAACUAAAGUUCAGAAUCCAACUGGCAUCCCAUGUGAUAAAGAUAGUGAAUUAUAUCUUGAACAUUACUCGACUUCCGAUGCAGAAAGCAUUGCCGAGAAGGAAUGUCAGAGCAAAGGCAUAAAGAACAGAGAAAACAAAUCUGGUCAUCAAUAUCCAUGGUCAAAGCUGUUGAAGCUAUAAAAGACGAAAAAAUGCAGUGGAAAGAAGCAGCAGAAACUUUUAAUGUUCCUGAAAUUAUAUUAUUAAAAUUGUUUGAAGAAAAAUAUGGCAAUCCAAAAGUAAUAAUUCCGUCAGACAUUACAGAUCCAUCUAUUUUAAAAUCAAAAUAUGAAUACAAAAAUGAAGGUAAUGGCAAACAACUGGCAGUACAAGAAUGGUCAUUGCUGUAUAUGGCAGAAGCAAUAAAAGCUAUAAAAAAUGAGAAACUAAGCUGGAAAUAUGCAGCUAGAAUGUUUGGGGUUCCGAAAGCAACACUGGCCAAACUGUUGGGAGAAAUAUUUGGAAAUUCUGGUUCUGAAAAAGCCUCGAAGAUAAAAAUGGAUUGCCCAGCUUCUUUCGAACUAAAUGGAGAUAAAUUUGAAGUUGAAGAUAGCAAUGUACAACAUAUCUGCUCUUCAUCACUCAUAGACAGAGCUAUAAAAGCUGUGAAAGAAGAAAAAGUGGGAUGGAAGAAAGCUGCAAAAACAUUUAAGGUUCCAAAAGCAACAUUAAAAAGAAAGUUAUAUGAAAAUCAUGGCAUUUCUUGUGAAGAAUCAAAAGCGCUUCUCAGACCUAUCUUAAAUGGCGAUUUUCAAGUGAGUGAAAAACAAGCAUGGUCACCAGAAUCUUUAGAAAAAGCACUAAAGGCUGUAAAAGAAGAAAAAAUUGGAUGGAAAAAAGCAGCAAAAACUUUUGGGGUGCCGAAAGCGACACUAAGAAGAUUGUUGUAUGAGAAAGCAGAUAGCUGUUGUCCCGCAAUUAAUUCCCCAACAUUAGGCGAUUUUGACAAUAAAGACAAGCAUGAGCAAGGGCUGAUUAAAAAGGCAUGGUCACUAGAAUCAAUGAAAAAAGCCCUAGAAGCUGUAAUAACAAAAAAACUUGGAUUGAAAGAAGCAGCAGAAACAUUUCAGGUACCAAAAACAACACUAAGAUUAUUGUUAUACAUGAAAUACGGCAUUCCUAAUAAAGUAUCUCAAGCAAGUAUUUCUUGUCUUCCUAUAAUUACUCCUACUAUAGAAGGUAAUUUUGAUGUUGGAGACAACAAUUCACACCAACAAGUGAAACAAGCAUGGUCGCCAAGAUCUAUUAAAGAAAUGCUGGAAGCACUGAAAAUAAAAAGAAGUAGAAUUCAAAAAGCAGCAGAAGCUUUAGGGGUUCCAAAAUUCAUACUAAUGAGAUUGCUUUGCAAAAAAUGUGGUAUUCCUGAAAGAGCAUCUGAAGUGCAAUUAAAUGAUGAAAUCCUCAAAACAGUAGAAUUCAAUGUAAAGGAUCAGUGGGAACAGCAAGAAAUUACACAAUCAAAAUCCGUAGAAAAUGCUAUGAAAGCUGUUAAAGCUCUAAAAAUAAGAUGGAGAGAAGCUGCUAAAAUAUUUGGAGUUUCAAAAGCAGCAUUAAGGAUAUCAUGUGAUAAGAAUAGUAUUUCUGGAGGAGCAUCUCAAGUAAGAAUGUGUUGUUCAGAAGUUCUUACUUCAAAGCAGGAUGGAAAUUUUAAAAUAAGAGAGGGCAACAAGGAUCAACAGGAAAUAGAACAAUCUUCUUCACCUAUAUGUGUGGUACAAUCAUUAAAAGAAGAAUCAUUGAAUUGGUUGGGACUAAAUGAGCAAACAGAGAUAACUGAAGUUCACAAGAAAAAUUUAAAACGAUUGUUUCAAGAUGAUGAUAUUAUUGGUGAUAAAACUUCGCCAGCAAAAACGAAACGCCUAAGUCUUCUUAACUCAGAUGAGAAGUUUAGAAUGCAAGAUGGUUGUGAAGAACAAGAUGUAAGCCAAACAAUGGCAACAGGAUCUACGAUGAAAGUUAUAGAAACUGUUAAAAAGAAUUGAUAAAACCAAAAAACAUGUAUUCCUUCUUAGGGAAGAUUGAAAAUAAAUAGUUAAUUUAUCCCUAAA